AUGUGCCGCACUCGCGGCGUUUCUGGCAUUGUGAAGCAGCUGGCAGAGAUCGCAUACACUUACCUCGCACCAGCACCAGAAUCGAUGGAGAUGCGUGUCCCAAUCGACAGUAAUUCAGUUCCGAUGAACAAUCAGGUUACGAUGUGCCCAGGUUUGGUCACGCUUCGACGACGCGGUUCUACCGACGGUUCUUACGGCAUUGCGAAAGUGACUCAUCCGAUGGGUCGGAUUAUCGACGUUCCGUACCAUCGAAUUUCUUUGACCGUCUAUCUGAGUCACACAACACCCGUGCUCUCGAUAAAGCGUGAGUGUUUUUCCGAGGUGCUGGCGACGGCUACGCUUCUCAUUACACAAACGGUCAGCAUUCGACUUGAAAUCGGUUUGAACCCAGCGCCAAGGCGCCGACCCUUGAGCUGUGUUCGUCUGGUGAUUAUCCUCUAA